AUGUCGUUUUCAGCUACAGCGUUCAAGAAUAAACUAGACACCCUACUGGAGACACAAGAAUCCAUUGUUUCAAUUUCUCAAUGGGUUUUAUUCCAUCAGAAAUAUCACAAAGAAAGUGCUACAAUUUGGUACAAUUACAUUAUUCAAGAUUCAAUCACUCCGGCAAAAAGAUUGGCAUUACUUUAUCUUUGCAAUGAUGUUGUACAGCAGGCAAGAAGGAAAAACAAGCCGGAAUUUAUCAACGAAUUUAAUAAAGUGUUACCAGGUGCUUUGAAUAAAGACUAUGCCAACUUAAGACCAAAGGUUGAUCGGUUGUUGAACGUCUGGGAAGAACGAAAAAUUUUCACCAAAGAUGAUAUUGUGAAAAUGAAAGCGUCGCUAACAGCUGAAUCUAAGCCUCUGGGUUCAUAUAAUAUUGCUCCGGAGCUCAAACAUAUUAACGACUUGUUCAUCCAUCUCAACCAGUUGAAUGAUAUCAGCCAGGGAAAUCUUACUCAGAUGGGCAUAGAGUCUAAGGCAUACUUGAAUCCCCAAGACUGUGACACUUUACCUGCUCCAGCCGUAUAUAUUUCAAAAUUAAACACGUUGGAACAGUUGGGUAAUGUUUGUAUAAAUAAUGUAGAUGAAAUAAAAAAGACCAGAAUGAAGAUAAAAUCUCAACUUGAUAGCCUUUCCAAGUUGAUCAUCGAGGGUACUAAAACAGACGAUAGCAAGCUUGCUAUUAUUAACGACAAGAUGCAAAAGAUCAAAGAGACCAGAAGCGAGUUGAAUCAAGAAAAUAACGACACUAACAGCGAAAAUCUGGCCGACGAAGAGGAAUUGCCUGGCUAUGAAUCGGAGUCUGAGGAGGAAGGUGAUACAAGAAAGAGAAGGAUGUCGCAAACACCAUCUGGCGGAUCAACGCCUUCAAAAAGAGUGGCAUUCUCGGAAGACGUUGAAGUGUUUGAAGACCAAGUAGAGUUGGACACUGCAGGAAAUGAUAAACCGGAGACAAAAGAAUCAGUUUCUGAAGAUGUCAUGUCUUUAUUAUCUAAAUUAGUCGACUAG